CUUAGGAAAUCAUUAAAUAUUUAUAUAAAAAAAAUCAUAAAUUAUUACAAUUAUAUAACAAUAUAAAGACUAGUAUAAUAAUUUAUCAUUUAGUUUAUAUUUUAAAUAAAUUAUCAAUAAAAAUGUCUAAUAAUUUCGGUGUCAUCGACUAUACGGUGUUCAUAAUAAUGCUAAUGAUAUCAUCGGUUAUUGGGUUUUAUUACGCGUGGAAAGACCGCAAUAAUACUAAUGAGGAUGAGUUCUUGAGAGGAGGUAAACACAUGUCUGUAAUACCGGUGUGCCUAUCAAUUAUGGCCAGUUUUUUGCCCAGUACUUCAGUUAUUGGUUUUCCAGUUACCGUUUACUUCACGGGCAGUAUGUUCUGGUUUGCAGUCAUACCGUCCAUUUUGGCGGCUGUGUUGGCCUGCGAAGUGUUUCUCCCGGUUUAUUAUAAUAUGAAUCUAACAUCGGUUAAUGAAUACCUACACAAACGUUUUAAAUCACAUAAAUUACAAAUUUUGGGUAAUAUAUCAGCACUUUUAUCAUUGAUACCUUUCUUUGGAGUUGAACUUUUUGCGCCGUCUAUUGCACUGUCAAUAGUUACAGAUAUAUCUAUAAACUCAAGUAUUUUGUUGAUCGGCCUAAUUGUCACAUUAUAUACAUCACUCGGUGGUCUCAAAGGUGUCAUUUGGACGGAUGUCUUCCAGUUUUCUAUCAUCUUAUUUGGUCUAUUGGCUAUUGCUAUCAGAGGCGCCAACAUAUCGGGAGGAAUGGCCAGUGCCUUCCAAAGAGCUCAUACCGGCGGUCGCAUUGAAUUCUGGAACAUGGAAUUCGACAUUUACAGUGUCAACUCAUUUUGGGUAUACAUAUUGGGCUUCGCAGUGUUGUGGAGCGGUACGUUCAGCACAUCCCAACUACAGGUGCAACGAGCCGUAUGUAUGCCAUCCAUGCGAUCGGCCAAACGGGCUCUGUACACCGCAAUUCCCGGAUUUAUUUUCAUGCUAUCGCUUAUGGUGAUCAUCGGUAUUGUUAUGUAUGCCCGAUAUUACAACUGUGAUCCUAUGGCUACAGGUCAGGUUACCCGUCCCGAUCAAUUAUUGCCAUUUUUCGUGUUAGACAUUUUUGGUGACGACUAUCCUGGUCUACCAGGAAUGUUUGUGGCCUGCAUUUUUUGUGGCUCUCUUAGCACUCUAUCAUCGGGUCUGAACGCAUUGGCCUCAAUCAUUUGGGACGACUAUGGCAAACAAGUCUGUUCCCGAUGGCUACGUCCAAGUUAUGGCAUAUACGCGACCAAAGUUUUGGCCAUUUUAAUUGGCAUCGCAUCCAUAUGUUUCGCAUUCGCUGUUAAAAAGACUGAUAAUAUAGUCGAGGCUGCGGUUAUGUUGUAUGGCUCAUCCAAUGGCCCGAUAUUUGGACUUUUUUGUUUGGGUCUAUUCUUCCCGUGGGCUAAUGCCUACGGCGGUGCGGCCGCUCUUAUUGUCGGCCAAAUCAUGAGCUUUUGGAUCACAAUUGGCUACGUUUCUGACAGAAGAAGUCCCCAAACAUUGGCGUUAGGAGUGAGUACUGAUGGCUGUCCCGAACUUAACAAUAGGACUGCACCACUAAGCUAUUUAACCAAUUAUAAGAUACCCCAAUAUUAUCCAACAGGUUUCGAUAGACUUCAUCACAUCAGUCCAUUUUUUGUUCCGGUAAUCGGCUUUUUAGUCAGUCUCGUAGUCGGUAAUGUGGUCAGUUUGGUCACUCUUGGCAACAAAAAUCGGGAUAUAGACAAAAAUCUGGUUUGCAAUCAAGUUUGCUAUUAUAUGGAAAAAUUGUUACCAAAAAGUUGGCGCAAAUUGACUGAAGAUCAGGUGACGCCACCGAAUGAGUACAAUGUCGUACAAACCAAUAUAAUUCGGUCAUUACAUUCGGUUAAAAGGGAUAAUAACACCGAAGCCGAUGAUGAAGUACCGCACGACGAGUCAGUCAAUAAUCAAUUUAGAAAUUCCGGCGACAAAACUACAAAAAUAUAAUUCUUGUGAACCAAAACAUCAACGACAACAACAACUUAUAAAAUAUCAAUUGCUAUCCAAACACACAUAUUGUCACUGAUCUCAUACUAAAAGUCUGUGUCAGACCAUAAUGUCAUCAAUAAAACAAUUCUUAAUUAAUAAC